CUACAUGUCCCAUAAUCCACAGUCCAUGUAAUAAUAUAAAUAUUGUAAGAAAUUACUCUGCCACUGCUCUGAUUUGGUUUUGGAUACCACAAAAAUAGUGAGUUCUUUUUGAGCAGCAGCAGCAGAGAAAGUAGUGAAGAUGAAGACACUGAGUGUAAUGUUUGUGAUACUAUGUUUAAUGGUAAUGGGUGUCUCUGCAAGAGAUGUGCAAGACCAACAGCUGAGAAGAAAUCUGCUUGCUAAUGGUCUUGGUAAAACUCCUCCAAUGGGGUGGAAUAGUUGGAAUCAUUUCAGCUGCAACAUUAAUGAGAAAAUGAUCAGAGAAACUGCUGAUGCUUUGGUUUCCACUGGUCUUUCCAAACUUGGAUAUACCUAUGUUAAUAUAGAUGAUUGCUGGGCCGAAAUACAUCGUGAUGCGAAGGGUAAUCUUAUUCCAAAGAAGUCAACAUUUCCAUCUGGUAUUAAAGCUCUUGCAGACUAUGUCCAUAGCAAAGGUCUCAAGUUAGGAAUAUAUUCUGAUGCAGGGUAUUUUACUUGUAGCAAAACCAUGCCUGGUUCACUUGGUCAUGAAGAACAAGAUGCCAAAACCUUUGCUUCAUGGGGUAUUGAUUAUUUGAAGUAUGAUAACUGCAACAAUGAUGGCUCAAAACCAACUGUAAGGUACCCUGUAAUGACCCGAGCUCUUAUGAAAGCAGGUCGCCCUAUCUUUUUCUCCCUAUGUGAAUGGGGGGAUCUGCAUCCUGCUUUAUGGGGUGCUAAGUUAGGAAAUAGCUGGAGAACUACAAAUGACAUUUCUGAUAAUUGGGACAGUAUGCUGUCUAGAGCUGAUAUGAAUGAGAUAUACGCAGAGUUUGCAAGGCCAGGUGGUUGGAAUGAUCCCGACAUGCUUGAAGUGGGAAAUGGAGGGAUGACUAAAAAUGAAUACAUAGUGCAUUUUAGUCUGUGGGCCAUUUCCAAGGCUCCUCUUCUUCUUGGUUGUGAUGUGAGAAACGUGACAAAAGACACAAUGGAGAUUAUUACCAACAAAGAGGUCAUUGCUGUUAACCAAGACUCACUUGGUGUCCAAGCCAAAAAGGUUAGAAUGGAAGGGGAUCUUGAGAUUUGGGCAGGACGUCUUUCAGGGUACAGAGUUGCUGUUGUUCUACUGAAUCGUGGCCCUUGGCGGAACUCGAUUACAGCUGAAUGGGAUGACAUUGGAAUUCCCCCUAAAAGUCUUGUGGAAGCCAGAGAUGUUUGGGAGCACAAGACUUUGAAGACAAAAUUUGUCGGAAACUUAACGGCAACUGUGGAUCAACAUUCAUGCAAAAUGUAUGUGUUGAAGCCAGUUUCUUGAUCAGUAUGACCAAAAGUGCGGUCUCUUCUUCCAUUUGUGCUCGUUUUCGAUGCUUGGUCACCUGAUGUCACUGCAGUGACAUUUUAACAAUUUGUUUUGUCUGGUGAACAUGCUGCAAAAAACCUGUAUGAAAUUUUAUAAUAAUGUUGCGGGUCAAAAAAGCUUUUCUUUUUAUA